AUGCCAGUCUGCACGACCUGCGCCCACCCCGCCGAAUACUUGUACACCACAUAUCGUACCAAGUCCAACAUCCGGCUCGGAGUCUGCCCGAGAUGCUCCGCCUUCCUCGACCCGCUCAUAGAGCAUCCGCCCCUCCUGCUCAUACUCGACCUUAUCCUGCUCAAGCCUCGAGUGUUCCUCCAUCUCCUGUAUAACAGAGGGACUCGACCGCUCGACGCAACUGCUCCAUCUAUCAACCGAGUCGUGCAGACUGCUCCUGCUGGACCGGACGAGCGGGAAACGGUGCUACGGCAGGAUCUGGUCCGCUUGGUAUUUGUCACCAUACUCGCCGAGGCGCUCGUCCGGAUCGGAGCAUCCCAGGGAGGUCUUGCGGGGAGGUCUGAAGGGAAAGGAGGGAUAAGAUGUGUAUGGCCGGUCAGCGGGAUAUUGCUCGGCGUCAUGGCGGAGAUGGCAGUGCAGUACGGGGUGACGCUGAUACUCGGCUUGAGUGUUCUAUGGGCGAGGGGCUGGUGGACUCCGGCGCCUGGUACCCCGUCAGAGCGGGUGCAAGGAAGCGGGAAAGCCAAGGCAGAGGAUGGGCGGAAGGCAAACUUCAGACCAAUUCUCAUCCCCCUCACCCUACUCUACACCUCCAUCCUUCCUCUACUCCUCCAUCUCCUCCUCUCUAUCUGGUAUAGCCCGCCGACCCACCCUUCCUCCUCCACACCACUCGACACGCUUCACCUACCCUCCAUGCUCACCGAUAAUCUACCCCUCGAGCUCAUCUCGGUGAUGCAUACGCUUCAUCAUCUCUGGAAUACGACCGACCGGAUCUGGGCGGGUACGCGCCUGCUGGGCGGCAUGUCGGCUGGAUUUGGACUGCGGGUAGUUUUGCCUACAAGGCCAUGGGAAACAACGGGGAUCGUAUCGGCUGGGUGGGGUGCGGCAGCUGCCGUCGGCUGGGUUCUGCAGGGGCCUCAUAUCUCGGUCCUGGUAUGA